AAAAAAAAAAAAAAAAAAAAAAAACAACAAUUUUCCCUCGCUCGAUUUAUUAUUCGAUCGACGGGACACCUGUUUUUUUCAUAAUUGGCAGUUUCGUCCCCUUUCCUUUUAAUUGGACCAGCGGUUGUUUGCGGCGGAAUUGAAAUUCCACCGGGUGCCAGUCUGCUUGUUUCGAAGGAAAAAUGCAAGGGGCCCAAUUUUAGCGGUGAUUGAGCUGUGCUUUCUUUCAUCAUGCUGGCGUAUUGGGUCCUGCCGGUGCUGCUGGUGCUCACGACCACCGCAGGUAUCAGAGCAAGUCCAGCCGAGCCGCGAAGUUUCAACGCCGAUACGUCCCUCCAGCAGCAAGUACCGGAGGACGGGACAGCCGACGUGCCGCGCCGUUUCGCAUGUCCGACCGGUUUCUUCAGGCUACGCCGAAACUGCUACUACCUGAGCGCUGGUACCGCGGCAUGGAGGGAAGCCUACUUCCAGUGCACGGCGCGAAACGCCACCCUGGCCGUCCUCAACCGCAAUGGCAAGGACAGGAUACUGCGCAACUAUCUCAUGGGCGAUCAGUUUAGACGCCUGGAGAGAUGGAUCGGGGGUAUCUACAACUGGCGUCAAAUGGACUGGGAGUGGGGCGAGUCGGGCAACAAGGUGCAGUUCCAGAACUUUGCCGACUCGAGCUCCAUGGUGUCGGAGAACAACGUGUACCACUGCCUCGUGCUCGACCCGGACCAGGACUACAAGUGGAACCCCAGGCGAUGCAUCGAGCAAAAGUACUACAUUUGCGAGGCCUCGCCUGGACGCAUCGCUACAAGUAGGCGUCGCAAGAACAUAACCGAUCCCUUGGCGCCGCAGAACCAGCGGCUGAGGCCACCUUCGAGGCGGGACGAGUACAAGCACCUCCACCACAACCAUAACCCGCACGGCCAGGGCGAGGCGAUCCAGAGGAAGCAGCGCAACGGCACUGCCGCGAACAACCCGAGCGGCAAGCUCAAGUCGAUGCGGAAAAAGAAUUGGCACCACCAUCGGUCGCACGACGACAAUCAGAUUUGGGCCCACGGCAUUAAGUUUGGCUCGAGGCCUCCCAACGGAUCGCGGCGUCUAAAGUCACCGAGCAAAGACAAGAAAGAAAGGGGCAAUGGACGCAAGCACAAUCCGCACCACAGCAACAGCAUCCUCGAGCCGGUAGCCGCACCGGUGUCCCAAGUCUCCCCGAGCCCGGGCAGUUUGGACGCUUUCCCGGCCGACGGGCGCAUCCUCACGGACGAGCGGCUCCAGAGCCUAGAUGAGCGCGCCUACUCGCCGCUCUUCGGCAAGGACUACGUGCGCGAGGAGGUCCUCCUGAAAGUCUGAGCUUCGCGUCCCCCCGCGCCUCCUUUGAUUGGCAAACAAACGACAAGAGAUUAAAUCAUAUGUAUGUAUACAUACCUACCGUUGCACCGCACGGGAGAUCAAAGGAAGGAGAGAGAGAGAGAGAGCUCGCGACGUGUGCGGUCGGCCGUGCUACGUGUGGGCCUUGAUUAUUAUUUCCUUGGUGGGCCAAAAGUGUGUACUGGGGAGCCCGAUUGUACUUUCGGUCGGAACGAACAUGCGGAAACCAUUUUACCGAAAUAUCAAGUUCCACUAGUCGACUUCGUUUGACCGGAUGACUCGUUUAAUAUUUCAAGUGCAAAACUGUGUGCCGAUUCGGGGAUUUCUAAUUUAUACUUACUUGCGCUGUAUCCGGAUCCCACGGUAUGAAAUUGGUGCAGUUUUCACGUGUAAAUGAAAAACCGAGCGCUUUUGUAAUCUAAAUAAUCAAUGCGAUACCACCAUCGACCUAAGUAUCAAAAUUAGCUUUUAACGGUAGAAACCAAUUAAUAUCGACUGGACUUGUUUCGUUCGACCCUUGAUUCGAACGAAACAACGCAAGCAAGCGAGUUUAAUAAAAAUAUAGGCAUUACAAGACGUAUCGAGUUGUACUCCGUUACAUUGCGUUAUUUUAUUUUUGCAUACGUACUUUUGAAUCGUAUCUCAUUAAGUAUUACAUAAUAUUUAUUUACAAUCGGAAUAGCGUGUAAGAAGACCAGUGGCUUGUUUGAUUCGCUUAGAAUUUUUAUUUUUUAUUUUUUUUUUUUACUGUAAUAUAGGCGAGAAAAUUACAAUAUUAAUACAAAAGUUACUUGUAUUUUUGUAGAAAUGAAAAAAGAACAAAGGAACCGUAGCAUUAAUCAUGUAAACUAUAAUUUUGUUGAUAAUGAGCGAAACUGACCCUGACAUAUACGCUCUUCAUCACGCAACACCAAAGACCAUGAGUUUGAUGUCACAUUUUUUUUCCCAUUCCUUAUGUUAACACAAUUUUAUUGCUUUUUCACAAGCGCGGAAUCUCCUGUACCACUACGUAAUAAAUAUCGUUUUUAAAUAUGUAAAAAAAAUAAAAAAAACAAUUUAACUUCUACUCGUUUACAAGCACAUUUUUUUAAAACCAAGU